AAAUGCAAUUUAUUGAGUUUUCAAAUCUACAGCAAUAACCAUUCCUGGCUGGUUAUAAAGUUCCCCAGGGAUCGAAAAUUGUGCAAUUUGGGACUAAAAGGCUACUACAUCAGAGGCAGUAGGCACAAUGCAGGAGACCAAGUUGCAGAAGAGGAGGACGAGGGCUCUCCCCGUGGCACCGCGGAGUCUGUGGAGAACAAGGGCGUAGAGCUGGGUGAGAGCGAGCUCGACUCCGAGGCCGAGCUCAUGCGAAGCAUGGGGCUGCCGCUGCAGUUUGGCAGGGUGUCGGAACGUAGCGAUUUUGAGGUAUCUAUGAAUACUAGAAAUAAAGUUAAAGUGAAAAAGAAAAAGAUAAAACAUCGAAAGAAGUACUUAGAUGAAAUUAUGCAAGAAUCUUGGAGAAAAGAUUAUGAAGAAGAGGACCUUUUGCUCUCAGAUGACCCGUCUUCUGUUGAGCAGUUUGAGAAGACCGGAACAGACAAACUUCAAAGCACAAAGCGCACUGAAGCAGAAGACCUCCCUGCUGAAAACAUGUUCUCUCCAAAGCCAGAAAUUACAGAGGUGUGGGGAAAAUAUUGGAAUAAAUACGGAGAAGGACUGCUGUGGCAGAGCUGGCAAGAACAGCACCCAGAUCAGACGCUGUGUCCUGAGCCCUGGAGCCGUCCUGACACAAAGGCAGAGUGGGAACAGCACUACAGCCAGCUUUAUUGGUUCUACUUGGAACAGUUUCAGUAUUGGGAAGCUCAGGGCUGGACUUUUGAUGCCUCACAAAGCUGUGACACAGACACUUGUGCUCCGAAGACAGAAGCUGACAAGGAAAAAAAUGAGGACUGCACAAAAAUUGACUUAACAUCUUUUCCAUCUUUACCUAAUGCAGUUGGUAAAGAAAGCUCUCGUUCAAGUGACCCUAGUGACAUACUCGAUGGCAUUGGUAAUAUGACUCUGAGUUCAAAGGAAGUAGAACACAGCCAGUUGGAGUCUGGAAGUUGUGGUGGGCAGCUAAAUGGAUGUAGUGGUGGGAAAGAGUGCCCUGCUUCUGGCCAGAGUGAGCCGGGUGACGGAGGAAGCAAGGCAGGCGACUUCGGGGGCGGACGCGCAGAGCAGCCAGCUCCAGAGUCACAGGAGUCUUCAGGACCAGACACACGCAGAGGUAAACCACACGCCGGCUGGAGCGAUGAGGAUGAGCGUGGAGAGGACCCCCCUGAGCCUAAGCCCAGCAAGCUCAAGCGGAGCCACGAACUGGACAUCGAUGAAAAUGUGGAUUCAGACCUUGAUGACAGUGGUGCCCUUCUAGGGCUGAAGCAUGGCUCAGGACAAAAAUACGGUGGAAUUCAAACCUUCAGUCAUCGCCAGGUCAGGUAUCUAGAGAAGAAUAUUAAACGGAGGUCAAAAUAUCUGGACAUGCGCAGACAGAUAAAGGUGAAAAACAAGCACAUCUUCUUUACUGAAGAAUCAGAAAAAUCAGUCUUCAAGAGAAGCAAGACUCUGAGUAAGGUAGAAAAAUUCCUAAAAUGGAUCAGUGAACCAGUGGGCGAAGAGGCAUCACAGGAGUCGUUCUUUCACGACAAUACACAAGACAGUUCCACCAGCAGUGACGCAGAAGAGCAAGGCAUGUCGGUUACAAAGGCUGAUGGCCUGCUGGGAGCUCAGAGUCUGGAGCCCGUGGAGUGUCGGGCCAGCUCUUCGGCCAGUGAGCCUGAGACAGAAAAGAAGGAACAGGACAACCCGGUAGCCGCUGUUCCAGAGACACAGGAUUCUGUUGGCCAGGAAACACCAGGCUUUGCGCAGGUAGACACUAAAGCUGAAAUUAAAAAGAAGAAAAAGAAAAAGAUGAACAGAAAGACAAGUGGCAUACCUCCAGAGAUAGCUGCUGUUCCUGAGCUCAUUAAGUACUGGGCCCAGAGGUACAGGCUCUUCUCCCGUUUCGAUGACGGGAUUAAGUUGGAUCAAGAGGGCUGGUUUUCAGUCACGCCUGAGAAGAUCGCGGAGCACAUUGCGCGGCGCGUGGGCCAGAGCUUCCGGUGUGGCGUUGUCGUGGACGCAUUCUGUGGGGUCGGAGGAAACACCAUCCAGUUUGCCUUAGCAGGAGAAAGAGUGAUUGCCAUUGAUAUCGACCCUGUUAAGAUUGAUCUUGCUCGCAAUAAUGCCGAGGUCUAUGGAGUAGCAGAUAAGAUCGAGUUCAUCUGCGGAGACUUCCUGCUGCUGGCUCCCAGCCUCAAGGCCGAUGUUGUCUUCCUCAGCCCACCGUGGGGAGGGCCAGAUUAUGCCACUGCAGAGACCUUUGACAUCAGAACCAUGAUGUGUCCUGACGGCUUUGAAAUUUUCAGGCUUUCGCAGAAGAUUACUAAUAAUAUUGUUUAUUUUCUGCCAAGAAAUGCUGACACUGACCAGGUGGCAUCCUUAGCUGGGCCAGGGGGGCAAGUGGAAAUAGAACAGAACUUUCUGAACAAUAAAUUGAAGACAAUCACGGCUUAUUUUGGAGACCUGAUCCGAAAACCAGCCCCUCCAAACUGUGAGGCAACAUAGAGACAGAAGGAUCACAUAGCGCGCAGAGAUUGAUCGCGCACGCUGGGAGUGGCCGUGGGCGGUCCCUGGUUCCUGCGCACGCGCUCUUCCGCGUCGCGGGGCGCGGGAGCUCGCCUGAGCCGCUGGGGGCUGCUAGAGAAGCGCUCUGAGGUCUGGGGUCGCUAAUGAAGUUGUGUGUGCUGCACACAUGAGGACGGCAAGCGUGACACAGGACAGGCUGCUCCUGUGGUCAGCUCGGCCUGUGUCCGUAUGUGCAUCUUUACAUUUUUGUGUUUUAUCUUCUUUGUGUAUCUUUACACACAUACAUCGAUGUGUAUGUU